AUGAACAAAGCCGGCGGAAUAGGAAUCGGAGGCGGUGGAGGAGGAGUUGGAAGUGGGCCGACCGCGGCGGCGGCUGCAGCAGCGGCGCAGAAGCAGAAAGCAUUGAUGCAAAGAGUGGAAACGGAUAUUGCCAACAUCGUUGACAAUUUCACUCAACUCGUUAACGUAGCUAGGAUUAAUGAUACAUCCGUUAGAAAUUCGCAAGAGGCUUUUAUGAUGGAAAUGCGUGCUGCCAGAAUGGUUCAAGCAGCCGAUUCUUUACUUAAGUUGGUGUCGGAGUUGAAGCAGACAGCAAUCUUUUCAGGAUUUGCAUCUCUUAAUGACCAUGUUGAUCAAAGAAUCAGCGUAUUUAACCAGCUUGCGGAAAAAACAGAUAGCAUGUUAGCUAGAGUUGGAGAGGAGGCUGCUGCUAGCCUUAAGGAGCUCGAAACUCAUUACUAUUCUUCUGCACAGAGGACAAGUCAAACCUUAGAACCGUAA